AUGACUUUUUUAAAAAUUAAUUUUAAAAUUAAGAUACUGCUAAAAGUUCUUAAAGUCUCAUAUGAACUGACUCUAGAAAAAUUAAAAAUGGCUAUUAUUGAAAUUCCAAAAGCUUGUUUUUUAGUGAGUGUAUUUUGGUAUACUGUAAAUUUUUUAAAUAUUAUUAUAUUUACAUGAUUAAUUGAACUUAUAUUUAGAAAUUUUCAACUAUAG